AUGCUCGAUCACUAUGGCCGGGCACCUCCUAGAGCCCUUUGUAGUAACACGCUAGCAGAGCCAACUCGACAGACUGCCGAUAAAGCCCGUGCAACAUGGCUCGCGAGCCUGAUCAAGGAAGUCAGCCAGGGCACCGGCGAGCUGCACCCUGUGCUGCAAGAAUUCCAGCACCUCAUUGAAUCUAACCCACGCAUCUACAUGCUGUUCCAGUCCAUGUGGGCCCAGGCACAGGAGCAGGGUCCGGACCGGAACCGUAGCCAUGAAGUCCAAGACUACCAGCAGAUGCUACAAGUGCUGAACUAUAUCAUCACGCACGCACCGCCGUACACGGAAAUCCUCGCUGGGGUUCCCAUAAUCGGGGUGUUCCAAUACGCCAUCCCGACAGUCAGCGGCUACGCUGUCUUCGUUGAUCCGGAGGUCAACGCCAUGCUCAAAAAGGUACUGGAUGCGUGGAGCCAGUUUCUCUCCUCGCCGGAAUCAGCAUCUGUGCUCGAUACCUCGUCCACGGGCUGGUUUGGGGACGGAUCGAUGCGCAAACUGAUCAGCAUGGGUAAUGUCGGCGGCACGACCUACGAGUUUGACGAGCUGUUCGUCUGCGACCGCACGGCUCCCAACUACGGCUUCCGGUCUUGGGAUGCGUUCUUCACGCGCCCGUUUAGAGAGAACAUUCGGCCCGUCGCCUCACCAGAUGACGACGCUGUCAUCGCCAAUGCAUGCGAAUCGCAGCCCUUCACUUUGGCCAGGGAUGUGAAAGCUCGGGAUAGUUUCUGGAUCAAAGGCCAGACCUAUUCCCUGGUUGAUAUGUUUGGGGCUGGGUUUCCGGACUGUUUCAUCGGCGGGACUAUCUACCAAGGUUACCUAGACACGUUUAGUUAUCACCGGUGGCACGCGCCUGUCUCGGGGAAGGUUGUGAAGGCAUACACGAUUGACGGGACUUAUUGUUCUACGCCCCGAGCCAUAGACAAGGAUGCUGACGAUGGCCAAGAAGGGGUCGAAAUUGCGUAUCAGGUGUAUCUGUCCGCAAUGGCGACACGAGCAGUGAUCUUCAUUCAGUCGGAUGACCCGGAUAUCGGCCUGGUGGGCUUUCUGGGGAUUGGUAUGGUAGAGAUCUCAACGUGUGACAUUACUGUGAAAGAAGGGGAGUUGGUCAAGAAGGGAGACCAAAUUGGAAUGUUUCAUUAUGGAGGAUCGUCCCAUUGUGUCGUCUUCCAGAAAGGGGUCAAUGUGACGGGAUUCCCGGAGAUUGGAAGCAAGGAGAACGUGCCUGUCCGGGGCAGAUUGGCUGUUUUGCAGCGGUAGGAGACAUGGCAAACUACACAACAAUAGAGGGAAAGGAACUUAGCAUAUAUCUACGUGCUCCUAUGAUGUGACAUGACCUUGUUUUUGGCAGUUCAAGUUAGAUUGUUCGUGGUAGAGCCUCAAUGUCUACUACCUUGAUCCAACUCUCUCCUAUCACCAAACUGCUCGCAAUCGCAAUGAGCUCAGUCUGGAGAACCUUCUCGCUGGCACUCACAGGCAACUUAUCAGGAACCUCGGUCUCUGCACCAGCUCAGAAUACAUGACCAGGAACCUUCUGGAUGGCAAUCCGACUUCUCAACUGAACCUUGAUGCCCAGGCUAUGCUCUUU